AUGUUUCGUAAGAAAAAGACUGGAGCGGAGCAAAUCACCGUCCCAGGGUGGACUGAAAGUCCCUACAAUAUUAUAGCACAGGAGUUAUUAAUGUCAGGUUUAGCAGAAUCAUGGGAUGGUAAACUCAAGAAUGCAGAACCCCUCGAUGUUGUACAUGUACUUGAGGGGGUCCCUGCCAAGGCAGGUGAUGUAAUGGCGCUGGGAAGACGGUACUGGAUACUAGUAUCAGCAUACCGUAAAAUGCACCAAAGAUAUGAGCAGUUACAAUCACGUUAUUUAGAUAUAGAACAAACAGUAACUGAACAACAAGGAAAGAUAGGAUUGUUACAGUGCAGCAAUCAGAUGUUAUUAGAAAAAGCCCAGAAAUAUCAGAUUGUUGCCGAGAAGGCUGCUGUCAAAGUAGCCCAGAACAAAUAUAAAAAAAGAAAGGGAAGGGUAAACACCCGAAAAGUACGAGCAAUUAUUGCUUCUGCCGAUCUUCAAUGGGAUCCCGAUACAUGGGAUGGUGAUGUAUGGGAUAGUAGUAGUGAGGAGGAGGGAGAGGACAAGGGGGGAUGGGAUCCUCCCAAUCCUGUCAUUGACCCUCCUGGGGCAAAUGCUUGUCCUGUCUCGCGCAGGCAAUUAACUAAGGUUGCAGAAGGUGGAGGGCAGGCAGUCCUCAAAGAAAAAAUGAUACUGCAAGAUUUCACUCAAAAUGAAGUCAUGGAACUAUUGACCAAAUUUUCACAACGCCCCGGGGAAGGCGUCCUUACCUGGCUGGUCCGUUUGGUAGAGGAUGGCGCUGGAGGGGUUGAUGUAGAUAGACAAGAUGUUGCAAAAUUUGGAACUCUAUCCAAAGAUAGGACAAUUAUGAGGGACGCACAGUUAUGGUUCGCCAGAGAGGGUAAUGCUCAAGUACAAACUAAUCUCUUAACUGUGGUUGCAUAUGGGGUAAAUUCCCGGUACACUGAUGAGAUGCCUACCUCUGACAAACCAUGGACAACCCUCAGAGAGUGUAUUCAACGAUGUAAGGAAGAGGCUAUGAAAGCCGCUGUGCUUUUAGAAGAAGCCGCUGAAUAUUUACAAGGAAGGGUUUCAGUAGCAGCUCGGGCUAGGCUCGUGAAGACAGCUCCCCCUGCAUAUAAGCCAGUGGUUCUGACAUUAUUAAUUUCUAUGACAGAUCAAAGAUGGGAAGAUGUAAUCGAUAAGAUGCGGGAAUAA